AUGAAGAACAAGUCAGAGCAUGAAGAUGAUGAUAAGCAUGAACUUGAAAUCCUCAAGGGUGUGGCACAAUCGUGGCAUGCUCACUCGGGCAGUUCAAGGUCUACCAGCUGUGAAUAUGAUAAAUAUCGCCAAAAUUUUCAAAGCAAGCCUUCUCGGUUUAAGCUGGAAGCAAUGAACAAGUCAUCAGCCAAGAGGGUUGAGAGAGCAAAUUGGGAUUUCAAGCAAUCACUGUGGGAUUCCUAUGAGAUUGUGAAUGUGUACAAAAGGUUGGAGAGAGGGCUUGUUUUAGAUGAUUCAUUUAGUGGGGCAGAUGCUCAGAGAAGGGUCCAUAGGAAGAAAAGAGAGAGUAAGAAGAGUCUUACAAAUUUGUUUAAUCUAAUAUCUUCGAGGAGAUUCAAAGAGGCUGAAGAUCCUCGUGAAGAUAACAAUCAAUAUUGA